UAAAUACGAAAUAAAAUUACUGUAAACUCUAUACAUAUGCAGAAAUUUGAUCUCAAAUCAAAAUUAACAUCUUUGAAAUUUGAUAGCUUAAUAAAACUAUGUAGAGCCAUCGUUGCAAUAACUCUUAUCUGAAUAUGUAUGUUGUAUCUUUGAUUCUCUCUUAGAAUCUGUCAUUUUCUAUCCCACAUACUAAAAGUCUGUUCAAUAACAUAUCGUAAUGAAAAAUCUCGUUUGUUAAAUAUUUUUUAUAACUACCAGGUGGUUUAGGAAAAACGUUCGCAGAUGUGAUCAUGAAUCGAACCAGAUCGAAACAUUCAGCUGUCGACGGACAGGAUGAUAUCUUUCUCUAUAUAUGGAGUAAGAAAUCUAAGUCGACGAGGAUAACUAGAAUACCAUAUAUAAUACUUUUUGAAAUGUGCAGUUAAAAAUUGAUGAGGUCUCUUCAUUGUUAGUGCUAGAACUUUUGCCUCAUAAGAUGAUCUCGGAAUAACUAUAUGCAUAUGUAAACAAUAUGUAUAGCUAAAUAUUCAUACUCAAGUCGGUUUUAUUCCAUAUUUGUUGAAUCUUUUCUUACAAUAAUGACAUGAACAUGUGUUCUAUCGAUUGCACUGAUAAACUCUUUAAAGUAAGGUUAGUAAUGUUUGUCAAAAAGAAAAAAAGUAAGGCUAGUAAUGUUUUUGUAUUGUAAUCUUGGAUGAGCUACCGUUCCUGUCGACUUUAAAGAAGCGAGAGAAAUUGUUGAAACUCUAUGAAAGAUUGCAUGAACUCAUCUAGAUAAAUUUUAAGCAAAUGAACCAUCAUAUUUUCGAGAACAUUCAACAGUUCAUAAAAUUUUCUGCUUAUGGUUUCUUGUGAAUGACCAAAUAUCUUCUCAACAUAUCUCUAAGUUACAUUUUGAGCACAUAUGUUAAGAAAUAUUAGCCUAAUAUAAUCUCAUAUUUCCCACAGCUUAUCUCUUGGCCUGAUAUAUUCUCAUAUUCUCAGUGUAUACGUAUUGACACUUCUAUAGUUUUAUAUAUUAUAUGUCAUAAACAAAAAUAAUUAUGAGAAUAAGUUUUUUCUACCAAAAGAAUUUAGGGAAUUUAUAUGGAUAAUAACCUCUAAAAUAUCUUUAUCUUUUGUAUUUCAACUAUCAAUUUAUAUCGCCAAUCUUUUGAUAACAUGAUUGAUAGCUUUUUGAAUAUUGGUAAUAAGAAAUAAAUAUAAAAUUAUUUUCAAGCAACAAAACUUAAAAAUGGAUUUUUUUUUCUUUUGUUUAGAAAUAGAUAACUGAUUAAAAAUUAGUUUAUCAUUUUUAAAAAAAAAUAUUGAUUGGAUGAAAAUUAAUUUUUGGAAAAACAAAAACAAAAAAAAAUGUUCCAAAAAACGGGAAAUAUCAAUUAAUCUCUAAUAGGCGCACGAAACGGGUAAUUAGGCUUUUGUGUAACAAAAGAAAAAGGCCUUUCAAAAUAGUUGUUUAUGUUUGGUUAACUAAUGUAAUUUUUUUAGGAUAUAGCGAUAUUUCAUAAGCUAAUUUUAUGUGAAUAUAUUAGUUAUUUGGAAUGAUUUACAAAUGACAAAUAUAUUUUAUCAUUUUGUAAACAGGAUAUACUGAUCGUUUGAAUAUUAAUUAGUUAUUUGGUGGACGUCUGCAAUGUUAGCUUCUUCCCCACCUUUCUCAGAUUGGCGUUGCUUGUAGAAUGGGGUUUUAUUGCCGGUCUUGCUGCCAUAGGAAGUGGAGUCAUCUCGGUUUUAAGAUGUUUUGGAUUUCACUUGGCUUCAAGAGGAGAAAAUACGGCUUCGGAGUGAUGUUCCCCCUUCCUCUUCACCGCUUAGGGGACAAGUCCGGUAGAGAAAGUUGAGAGCUAUUAAGCUCCCAUGGUUUUGUUGUUCCCGUCUUGUAUUGGACCUUAGGUUCAUACCGGUGUCCCAGCUUGGACCUUGAGAACAGUCUUUAAACGGUCUUUUCUGCUACUUCAGAGGAAUGAUGUAUAUUCAGACAGCUGGAGGAAAUCACUUCUUGUUUGUUUUGUCUUCUUCAUUCACGUGAUUUUGAGUCUCCUUGUUUGCCUGUUUCUGUACAAUCUCUCAUCCGGGUCUUCCAAGUUUGUAUCGCUAUCUCUAGUCAUGUUCGUUUGGUCGUUCCCAAGCUGAAUGGAUAAAUUAUAGAUUAUCUUUGUUUCCAUGUAUUUUACUUUUUUUUCUUUCAUGGAACCAAUUUUAAAAAUCCUAUAUUUUGUAAACCUCAAAUUUUGUUUCAUAAAACGAUAUUUACAUUCUUAACAAAGAAAACACGGAAUAUGUACGACCAAUUGAAUAAAAAAUUCAGUUUAGUUGUUAAACCAAAUGAAAAGUCUAUACGGUUUAGCACCUUGAUUAAAAUCUUUCUAGUUCGUCUUCUUCCUAUAUUUUUUCAGCUAUAAUUUCAUUUCCAGUGGCUUCUUUAUGAAUUUUAAGACUUUUUUUGGUAGACGAAUUUUUAAAAUAUCUAUAUUAUUAAAACAGAAAUACACUUAUAAAUCAAUACUAUUAAAACAAAAUCACAAAAGUUGCAUCCAACUUAUUUCUAGGUAGAAUUUUUUUAAAUAUUAUAUAAUAUAUUUAAUACAACUACAAUCUAAAUAUUAAAAACAACUUGCCCUAUCAUUUAGCAUAUGAUAAGAUUUUAAUUAAAGGAAGAGAUCAUUCAAGGCUCAUUUAUAUCAGAUACAUUACAUUGAUCUUAUUUAUAGAAAACAAAUCACGGUGAUCUUAUUUAUAAGAACAAACAUUAAUGUCUCUAGAUCUUAACUUUUUAACCAAAAAAAUAUUUUAAUUAGGUUGUUAACAUAUCUUAAUUUUUUUCGAAAAAAAUCGUAGAUUUAAGUUUUAGAUAUUCACAAUAGUAACAAACAAAUAGUUUAGAAUAUAUCUAAUACGAUCUGGCAUCUUUAAACAUAUUCCUCAUAAAUAUUUAUAACAAAAUUAAACUAAUACUGAUAUAUAAAUAAAUUUUGGUUUUCUCUAAUAUAGUUUUGUUCAUUAGUUUGAAUAGUAAAAAUUUCACUAAAGACUAAAAUAAUAAUUCAUUUGAUUUUAUGUAAUAUUUAAGAGACUAUAAAAUUUCAAUCAGAAUUUUUAGUAUAUUAUCAGAUUUUUUUGAGUCUUUUACUGGGCCAACCUGUUUGUGUCACGGGUUAAUGACUGUUUUUAAGAUUUUUACCAGGUUUCAUUUGAUUUUUAACUAAUAGAUUUUUCAUUAAACUCGAACUGGAUUAUAUAUGGAUUUAUAUAAUCCAUGGAUUUACCGUCUUAACCGCUGAACCGGAUCAGAUAUAAAAACACUGAAUAAAACCAAAGAUACACAUAUGUACUUUUUUUAUAGCCUGAAUAAAUAGAUGAUAAUUCAAAAUAGUAAUUAAUAUUAACUAAUAUUUUUUAUCCAACAAUCAAAUAUGCGCUUUUAAAAUACGGAUCAAAAUCUAGUUAUAUUUACAUUCAAAAAUAUGUCUACCAUUUCAUGUCCAUAAAUUACCAUGAAAACUGUAUUCACAUAUGAAAUUACCAUAAAUUCACAAAUCACAAGAUUAAGCAUAAUUCAUAAUUUAUUGAACUUAAUCUUUCAAUACAAUAGUUUCACAACAAUCACUUUUCCAUCAUAAUUUCUUUUUGUCUAAGUUUUCUCGUCCACAAUUUUUCGUCAACUUUUUUGUCUACGAUUUUGUUGACCAUACAUUUUCUGUAUAUGUUAAAUAUAUAAAUUAUACCAAAAUGAAUAAUAAAAUUUCAUAUCCUGAAUAUUUACCAAUAAAAACAAACCAGUGGUCCUCGGCGGCUAUAAGAAAACAAACUCUUAUGAGUCUUUGAGUUUUUAACAAUUCCACCUAGGUCUGGGCAUUUCGGGUAUCGGUUCGGUUCAGGUAUUUCGGGUUUCGGGUAGUUCGGAUGGGGUGCUAGAAGAUCCAUUUAAUACUUGACUUAUUUUCUGUUCGGUUUGGUUCAGAUAGUUUUGGGUUCGAUUCGGUUUGGAUAAUAAAUGUAGGAAUCAGAAAAUACCCGGAAAAAAUCUGGUUCUCAUUUGGAUCGGUUCAAGUUCGGAUAGUUCGGGUAAUUCAGAUAAUUUGGAUAAAAUAUCGGUUAUUUAGGGUAAAAUAUCAAAUAUUUAGGAUGAUUUAGAUAAAAAAAAUUGGAUAUUUCGGAUUACUUUGGAUAUUUUGGAUAAAACUAUCCGAGUAGUUUCAGAUAUUUUCGGGUAGUUUCGGAUAUUUUGGGUAGUUCGGAUACUUUUUUUGGAGCAAAAGUUCGGAUACUUUAUAAUAAUUUAUUUAUUCUCAACUAUUUUCAGAUAAUUUUAAUAGAAUUUUAAAUUAAAAAUAUAUAUUUAGUUAUGUUAUAUGUAUAUAUACUUAAUAUUUUUUAUAUUCGGGUACCCGUUCGAUUCUCGGUUCGGUUCCGGUUCGGUUUAGUUAUUUCAAAUAUAAAAAUAUAGGAACCGUUUGGAUAUUUGAGGGUAUUGGUCCGGUUCGGUUUAGUUAUUUCAAAUAUAAAAAUAUAGGAACCGUUUGGAUAUUUGAGGAUAUUAGUCCGGUUCCGGUUUCGGGUAUUUCGGUUCGGUUCCGAUUCGGUUCUUCGGUUCCGGUUAUUUUGCCUAGGCCUACGUACACCAGAAACAAAACUCUUAUGAGUCUUUAUGAGUUUUUUUAACAUUUCACCCAAAAAAAAACUUUUUGAGUCGCCGAGGAAUCGUGGUUUCCAGUACGGUCUCAUUCAAUAAUCCUUUUGACAUUCGCUCUUCUCUUCUAACCUCAAACAAUUCACGUUCAUAAGUUUGUAGAGAUACAACUAAAUGAACAAAAAAAAAAAAUGUGAACUUAGUUUGUUAUGAUAUAUUUUGGAAAAUACACUUGAUAUACAAGAACAUAAAAUGGAGAUCGAUCGAUCUCAGAUAUGUUUUCCUUUGAGACAUUUAAGAUUGUAACUAUUAGUCAGAAUCUUUAACAAGUGUACCGACAAAAUAUCUAUAUAAAAACCAGUUGUCAGUUUACAGACCGAGUUCAAUAGGGAUCGCACGAGGUAGGAUUCCAAAACAGGAAUUUUACCUCUUAGAACCAAAACUGUAACUUUAUUUAAUUAUGCUUAGUUUUAAUUUUUACAAACUUUUACGAGUCCCCGACGACUUCCUAGAAAUAAGCCAGUAGUUUCCAGUACAGUCUCAUUUCUUUGACAUUUCCUCUUCUCUUUACGUUUUUUCGCUUAUAUAUAUGAACAAGGGACUUGUUGUUUCAUCAACCACUGUUAUACUUUCUUCAAACUCUCUUUUGCUCUAUCUCUGUCAUGGCGGCUUCUUCUUCCUUGCCUCACGUUGUCUUCCCGAGCUUCCAUGGGCCAGAUGUUCGUAAAGGAAUCCUUAGUCAUUUACACAUUGUCUUUGAAAGGAAAAAAAUCACUAUGUUCAAGGAUCAGGAGAUGGAGAGAUGCCAGCAGAUUGGAUCUAAACUCAUACAAGCCAUUAGAGAAGCAAAGGCUUCCCUCGUUUUGAUCUCGAAGAAUUAUGCUUCUUCGAGAUGCUGUUUAGAUGAACUGCUUGAAAUCUUGAAGUGCAAAGAAUCUUCGGGGCAGAUUGUGAUGCCGAUUUUCUACGACGUUGAUCCGUCGGAUGUAAGGAAACAGAAGGGAGAUUUUGGGAUCACAUUUAAGACAACCUGUCAAGGUGCAACAGAGGAAAAGAAGCAGAGAUGGAUAGAAGCUUUGACAUGUGUAGCAACCAUAACUGGAGAAGACUCUCGUACCUGGGCUAAUGAUGCUGCGAUGCUCGAAAAGAUUUCCACAGUUAUGUUGAAACAACUGAAAAUUCAAAAGCUUAAGGAAAAGUUUAGGAUUCACGAUUUAGAUCAUAAUGGUUUCAUAACUAACCAUGAGCUUCGAUAUGUGAUGUCAACAACCGAUAAACAAGCUCGUAAGAUUGUGGACAAAGCAACCGAUAAACAAGUUCGUAAGAUCAUCAAGGCGGCUGAUGUUGAUAAUGAUGGUCAGAUCAGCUUUGAUGAGUUCGUCAAAUUCAUCGAAAACGACGAAAAUAUUAAUAUAGAAGAUGAGGUAUGGUGGAAAAGUUUGCCACAGAAGCAGUGUCAUGGAAGGAAAAGAAAGAUAUUUUUCGAAUUUUUUGGCCGUUCGAUGUAAACCAGAAUGGUUUCAUAAUUGCAGCGGACUAUCAAAAAUAUAAGUUGAAAAUUAUUUGGCAAAAAGAAACCGAUGAGGAUGCUCGUUAUUUCAAAACAUUUUAUGUUGAUUGUGAUGGUUGGGUCAGCUAUGACGAAUUCGUCAAACUGACGAGGUGAUGCAGUGCAUUUUUAUCUUAGUUGGCAGGAUACAUUGUGGGUGUUUGAUAUGUUCUUCAAUUCUUGAAUUGGUUUUCUAUUUUUCUUUUUAUCCUAAAAAGUGUUAUUCUUUUUCUUUUGUUAGAGUUUCUUUAUAGCUUCAAGUGAUGUUAGAAGUUCAAGUUAUAUAAGAAACCAUGAAUCCUUGUUUUCACA